AAUGGGUGCCGCCGUACAAGAUCCUGCUACUGCAGCUGCUAAUCAGGCAAAUAGGGAGGAAGUGGACUCUCGAUCAGUGUUUGUUGGCAAUGGUUUGACAUUAUUCUGAUGUGAAAAAUUCUUGUGCUAGCCAAAAAAAAAAAAAAAAAAAAAAAAAGAAAAAAAAAAGAGAGAGAAGAAAACAACUGUUUGGACAGAGUUAAGCAAAAAGAACAGGGAAAGAAAUUUACCGGGGAAAGAAAAAAAAGAACGGAGAAAGAAAUGGUAAUGUUGGAGGGUGAGAGAAAAUACGAAGACUAAAAUCCCCCCAAAAGUAAAUCUAAAAAAAAAUAAGAAAUGAGAGAAGAUUAGACACUUAAGGUUAGGAAAUAUGAUAGUGGAGAAGUUGGAAAUAAAAAACAAUGAGGGAAGAAAGAAAAAUCGCUGAGCCAAAAUCUUACCUUAUGGGGAAAAAAAAAAAAAAAAAAAAAAAAAAAAGGAAAAAUGAAGUGAAGAGGGGUAAAGAAUAAAUUGAGUGAUCAAAGUGAGGAGUUAUUGUAUAAACUUGAGUUGGAAUGAACGGGAAGCAUGAGAUCAUGAUCCUCAACCGGAACUCAAUCAGCUUGGAGAUGUAAUGAGCUUUUGAAGUGUGAGACUAGCCAUGGAUCUAUGCUGUCUUAAUAAGCCAGAGCACUGCUGUUGCCGGAGUGCAAUGCGCAGAUACUGUGCUGUUUAUGGUGGAUUAUUUAUGUACCCCUGAGGAAGUGCAGCAGCAUUUUCAGUCAUGUGGCACCGUGAAUCGAGUUACCAUACGGACUAACAAAUUUGGCCAACCAAAGGGUUAUGCUUACGUGGAAUUCGUUGAACCAGAGGCUGUUCAAGAGGCUCUGCUGCUGAAUGAAUCUGAACUCCAUGGUCGGCAAUUGAAGAUAUCAGCUAAGCGAACAAAUAUUCCUGGCAUGAAACAGUUCCGUCCACGGCGUCCAAAUCCCUACUCGGGUUACCGAUCCAGGACCCCAUAUAUGCCUCCUUAUUUCUACUCUCCAUUUGGAUAUGGGAAGGUUCCCAGGUUCAGAAUGCCAAUGCGUUACAGCCCCUACUACUAAAAGUUAGUUUUUGCUCAGGAUAAAUACUUUUGCUACUUGAUGGGUGGAUAUCCUUCAAACCUUUCCCUGUCUGUCUUGCGAAUUCGGGAAGAUGGAGUGGUCUUCGUGACACUUGGCCAGAGUGUUGGCUUGUGUGAGGAUCAAGUACUUUGUUGGGUUUGGUGGUAAACAUUGUAAUUAUGAUGCCUAGUUAUGUAAUGCUGCUCACUUACGUGUUUGAACUGCAUAUGUGGUUUUAUGACGGUUUCUAAAUAUCAAAUUUGUAUGGUCAGUUGAGCUUGCAAUGCAUUAUCAAUUUGCUUUAAGUUAAAGCCUUUGAUAUCUGCUGAGUUUGGGACAUGAGAGAACUUAAAAGGGUUCAAUGAAAUGUUUCUUAUCUAA